UUUGUAGAUAUGACACGAGGCAGAGGUCGAGGUAACAUAAGUCGUGCAAACAAGAUGUCAAUUAGAGGUCGAGGUAGCACAAGUCGAGUUAAUAUGCCAACUGUUCCUAUUCCCAUAACUAGUUCUCAACAAGGUGGUAUUAGUUCUUCUAGCGGACCAAAUAAUAUCAUUCAAGUUCAGACUUUAGUUCCUACUAUUUCGCCUCCUGUUCAAACAUCAGAUCAAUGUAGUACCCCAUCAGUUCAUCUUGAACCAGCCCCUGUAAUACCUAAUAGGAGCAAUGCAAUAGGUGAGGGUGCAUCUACUGAUCAGAGAAACGUAACAGGUGACUCUACAUCUAGUCAAAACAACACAAUAGGUGAAGGUGAGAGCAAUAGUAACCCUGAACAGCGGACGCUUGUUUUUCUUUCUGCUGCCGGUACUUGCUCUAACCGAAUAUGUGAGUCUUUCAAGAGUGAGCUUGAUCCCAAGGGAACUAAUUGGAAAAGUGUCCCACAAGAAACAAAAGAUUUUUAUCUAGGAGAAUUCGAGAAGGAAUUCUAUUGGGAUCCAUCCAUUGAUAGUGAAGUGAAGAUACAAUGGCGAAGGAAGGCAGCGAGAAGGUACAGUGAUUUCAUUUCUGGCUUAAAAAAAGAAGGAAAACGGCCAAAAUAUAUUUCAGAAGAAAUAUGGGAAAGUUGGAUGAGUAUUUGGAAGAAACCUGAGGUUAUUGAAAAGUCAAAAAUAAAUUCAAGAAAUCGUUGUGGCGGUCAGGAUGCAGUUGCCAAAGGAACUCACACGGGAGGCUCUAUUACCAUUGGAGAGCAUCGUAAGAGACUUGCUAUUAAAAAUGGUCGCGAUCCAACACCAAGUGAGAUACAUUUGCAUGUCCAUACAGAUGGUCAUGAUGGAAAAUCUUUUGUUGGUGAACGAGCUCAAAUCGUGCAUGAAAAAUAUCAAGAAAUAUUACAGAACCAAACACAAACUCAAUCUGAAGUUGAUCAAUGGAAAGCAUAUUAUCAAGCAGCAGGAGGGGAAAAGAAAAGAAGGAUAUAUGGUCUUGGAGCUCAAGCAAAAGUAUUUUAUGGACCAAAUUUUCGUGUCUCUUCUGGAUCUGAUACUUCUGGCUCAGUACCAUGUCCAAAUGCUCAAACAACACCGACAGAAAAUAUGGAUGAGUUAGUGGUGCGAAUGAUUCCUUCGCUAACUAAUCACUUGCUUCCUAUAUUUGUAGAGCAGGUACGUGGUUUGAUUUCUCCAGCCUCAUCUCAAGCAGACUCAGCUGCCAACCAUCCAUCAACUAUUGCACCUGUAAUUCCUGCUCCAACUGCAAAAAAUAUCGAUGAGGAUCGUGCAUCGCUUUCUGAGGAAUGA